AUGCAGAUCGGUGGUUGUGACCUGGCGCUCCUGAGGCAUGGCGUCCCCGGUGGAAAGUUUGAAGAUUGCAAGUCGACCUGCGUGGUGGACCCAGAGGACCCAAGAGGCCGGGCGCGGUGGUCCUGGUCGGCCACCGAAGUGCAUGCCCCAACGAGGGAGCUCGCUGCGCAAAUCGCCGGCGAGGCAUCCUGGUUGGUGGCUGGGACCUCCAUCAACGUCGCUGCCAUCUACGGUGGAGUGCCGUACCGAGAUACCCGCGACGCGCUGUCGCAGGGUGCCGACCUUCUUGUCGCCACGCCGGGUCGCUUGGAGGAUGCAUGUGUUCGAGGCGAUCUGCUCCUCCGAGAUGUGCGAGCCGCGGUGCUGGACGAGGCGGACCGGAUGCUGGACCUGGGCUUCGAGGACCAGAUCCGUAUCCUGCUCACCAGGCGCAUGCCUCGAACGGGGAGCGGGCGACAGACGGCGAUGUUCAGCGCCACCUUCGGGAUCGGAGUGCAGCACCUCGCAGCGGACUUCUUGGAUGCCUACACCUUUGUGGCCGUAGGCCGUGUGGGGGGUGCCGCUCAGACGGUGGAGCAGCGGGUGAUUUGGGUGGAGGACGCUCGCAAGGCCCAGGCGCUCUUGGGCACGCUCCUCGCUUUGGAGAGCGCGAAGGGGACGUCGCCCUGUAGCGUUCUGGUCUUCGCAAACACCAAGGAUGCGGUGCGGCUUAUUGAAGAGAAGGUCCGCACUUGGAGAUUCCGGGUCUUCUCGAUUCAUGGAGACAAGAAGCAGGAUGCUCGAGAGAAGGCGCUGCAACUCUUCCGCCACCAUGCGGAGGGCCGCAGCUCUGGCUCCAGGGAUUCGGACGCGGCCGUGCUGGUGGCCACAGACGUCGCAGCUCGCGGGUUGGACAUCCCAGACAUCACCUGCGUGGUGCACUACGACCUGCCAAGAAGGAUCGACGACUUCGUGCAUCGAUCCGGCCGGACGGGCCGCCUGGGGAGGAACGGUCUCUCCAUCGCUUUCGCCAAUGCUCGGGCAAAGGGACUGAGCAAGGAGCUGGUGAAGUGCCUGGCAGAAGCGGGUGCAAAGAUUCCACCCUGGCUGCUGGGCAUGGCCAUUUCCACCGGCGAAGACCUUGAGGUCUUGGAGGCUCUGGGCCAGAAGUCUUCUGGAGGCUACGGAGCACAAGAUGUCCGCUUGCAGGGUGCAGGCGUUCAGACGGCUGCCGAACGCCGUGAAGCGCAGAAGCUGCGAAGCUUCGCAGAGGACGCAUACAGCGCUGCGAUGCCGGACGGCUCCGAAGCACCCGCUUGA